AUGGCAACAUGGCUUCCCGAACCAACACCAAACCAAGAUCCACUUUUCCUCGAGACCUCACCGCGAGCACGCUCCUCUUCCCACUACACCACCACCGCCACUUCCUUUGGACCUCAGGCGCGCUCGUAUUCGCACGAAGAGUCGCAACCUCAGUCGCGAGAACAGUUCUAUCACCAUUCUAACCAGCCGCGCGGUCGGCCGACUUCCCGUCCGCGAUCCCGGUCGCCGUCCAAUUCAGGCCGCAAGGGUGGCAGCUCCAGUGCUAGCGCCGGUCCUAGCAGCAGCGCCGUUUCUUCCGGUCCCGCUGCCGCGUCCGAGUGGCGCGAUCUCGGAAAAGCAGGUGGUGCGAGUGACAGGGAGCGAGACGCGGGCGACGGCGGCUGCGGUGGAGGCGGAGAGUUAGCGAGAGGAAGGCCCGGCGCGAGUGAAGCACUUGCGCGAAGAGGCGGAGGGCUGGUAGGGGGCGAGGGGCGAGAGCGCGCGGCGGGGAGAGAAGCAGGUGGAGGGCAGGGUAGCGGGAGCCGCGGGAGUUACAGGGUCGAGUCGGCGCGCGAUUACGAGGCGGACUGCGAGGUGGUGGUGGAGUGGCGGCGGGGCGAGCGGUGCAGGGAGAGCGUGGCUGUUGGUGUGAGCAGCAUGCGCAAGCAGGCAGGACCGGCGGUUGACGUGGCGCAGCACGGCGCAGGUGCGACGAUGAGUGACGCAACGCAUCAAGCCAAGCCUCGCACUGGCUCGGCAUCUGGGCCACUGCCAGCACACAAGGGAGGGAUCACCAGGGGGCGGUUUCAAGUGAUAGAGGGCGACCAGUCGGACAGUGAGUCCGAUAUGUCGCCCUGGCCCUCCGCCACCACCCCCUCAGGCACCCCAACAGCAGCGCCUGCCGGAUCCUCAGGUCCCUUGCUUGGCCCAUCGCCCUUCACUGCAGCUGCAGCAACAGCCGCUUCUGCCGCUCAUGCAGCAGCGGCAGCGGCGGCGGCAGCUGGUGCAAGUGGUUCAGGGGGAGGGGCAGCAGCAGCAGGGAAGGGGGCCACGCCAUCAGCAGUGCGGCGCAUCUCCACAGCCGGCAGCGCGUCUUCCUCCUCUAGCCCCUACUACUCGCCCGCCUCGCGCUCCCCCACCGCCCCUCCCCACACUGCUGCUGACCUGCGCAACGGCCCGCUGCCUGGCUUUGCGGGCCCGUUGCGCUUUGAGGGCGGCAGUGGCGGGGGCAGCUGGCGGGGCACAGGGGGAAGCAGCGGCAGUGCGAGCGGCGUGGAUGCAGGGCAGAGGAGCACCGGCAGCGGUGGCAGUGCGUUUGAUGGCGGGCAGCAGCGCACGGGCAGCAGUGAAAGCCUGUGCAAAGAGGUGAUGAGACCAGGUAGUAGCAGCGGCGGUAGUGCAGCGGGGAGAGGGGUGGGAGGGGCGUGGGAGAGGGGUCCAGGUGCAGAGGCGGGUGACGGAGGUUAUUUGGGUGAGGGGUAUGCGAGGGGAGAGCAGGAGCGGGUGGUGGAAGAGUGGGCAGGCAAGGAGGGCGCGAGGCAGGACGGGUGGGCGGGUGCAAGGGAUGUGAGAGACGGCGGCGGGAGUGGCAGGGACGGGGCAGCAGGCAGGGAGGGAGCGGGACGGGCCAAGGCGCGCAGUGAGCCGCUGGUUGGGGAGAAGGCUGCUGCUGCUGCUGGCGUGGGAGGGGCCAGGAGGAGUGCACAUGUGGACAUGAUCGACAGGAGCCAGCGAGAGGAAGGGCCAGCAGCAGCAGCAGGCAGUGGUGGUGUGCGCGGCAAGGCACCAGGGUCCAUGGUCUCUCGCUCCGCUCCCCUCCCCCACCCGCAAGCAGCUGCUGCUGCCUCCAGUGGUACUCCAAAGCGAGGCGACGGACAGGACAGGUGGAAGGAGAGGCCCCUGCGUGAUGAAAGGGGGCGCGAGGAAAAAGGGCGGGAGGAGAGGAACCUGCUGGAUAGAGAGGCGGAAGGCAGGAGGGCUGGUGGGGUGGACAAGGAUAUGAAGAGUGGGGGCAGGGAGUGGGAGGCGAGGAAGAGUGAUGAGAAGACAAAGGAGAGGAUGGGUGAGGAGCGAAGUGAGCAGGGGCGAGGGGGACAAGAGGGCAGGCGGAAGGAGGAAAGCGUUGGGAAGGAGAGUGCACGGGCAGGGAGGAGCCGGGAGGAGAGGGGGCGGGAGGGGGAGAAGGGAAUGGAGAAGGGAAGAGAGGAGGAGAAGGGCAGGCAGGAGAGGGAGCGUGGGCAGGCGCAUGGGCGGGGUGUGGGGCGAGUGGGCGUGCAGCGCAGGGGGCGAUUCUCCGUCACCACCGAUGAUGUGGACGCUCAGGACGGAGUGCCGCCCACGGUCGUGUGCACAGCCAGCAUGCACCGGCCCCACCCUCAGGCAACGCGCCUGCUUCCCCCAGGCAUGCUCUUUCCGCGUGCGCCUCUCGCCAUACAUCCGCCUUCUGUCUGCACGCCGCCGCCUCUCCUCCCUGCGCGGCGCAUCUCCGCCCAUCAGGCCACCUCCCGUCCGCCCCUACCAGCACCGGCACCACUGCUGCCAUCGCCCGUUGCAGUGCCGCCAACAUCGCUGCCGGUCCUGCCCGCUGCCCGUGUGGCGGAUGCACUGCUAGUCGUGCCGCACCUGCGCACCCUGCUGCAGCACUCCUGCGAACAGCAGGAGGUGCUGUUCAACCUCAUCAAGGAGCUUGCUGCUGCUCACCCAGUGGUGAGCACAGCACAGCAGCGACCUGUGCUGCUGGCAGGCAUGCAGGUGAAGCUGCCAACGGACAAGGAGCAGGUGCUCAUGCUCAAGAUCGCCGAGAUGCAGUGCAAGGUGGCGAAGCUGAUAGACAAUGUGCUCACAUACCGCAAUCGCAACGCUAAGCGCCUCGCACUUGGUAGAGCUCACUUUGACCGUUCGUCGCAGCUCUCACGAGUCUACCGUCGGUACGCGCAGCAGCAGGCGGCGGCGAGAAUGGGGAAGAUGGGACCGCCGCCGGCCGACCGCGAGAACAGCGCGGAGCUCGCGCACGCCGCGGACCACGCGGGGGAGGAUGGAAGCGCGGGCGCCGGCAGGGGCAGCGGUAGGGACGCGGAAAUGGCGACGGGGGGAACUUCAGAGGAUUCUCUUACCAGGGGUGCGGAGCUGCGCGUGUUGGAGUUCUACAGCGUUGCGCGAGCCUGCCUGUUGAGCUCUCUUCGCGUUGCUGCCAACGUGCUGCCCGCAAUAGUCCCUCGAGACCCCCCGCCACCUCGUCUCCCUCUCGCCCGUCCCGCUCCCAGAUCGUCCCCUCUUUUUCUUCCCUCACGCCCUCCCGCACCACCCGCCCCGCCCCUUGCCUCCCCGCGCGCGCAGCAUUACGGGCUGCAGUGUCCCGGCGUGGUGCCGGCGCACGUGACGGCGCGCGUGGUGGCGGCGUUCGAUAUCAACGAGGUCGCCAACGACGUGUACGAGCGCAACUUCCGCCACCGCCCCAAGCAGGGCAACGUGCAGACCAUGUCAGCAGCAGCACUGGACGCGUGGCGAGCACACGCGUGGCUCAUGUCUCCGCCCUGCCAGCCGUACACACGGCAAGGGCUGCGGCGCGACUGUGAGGAUGGGAGGGCGACGUCGUUCCUGGCCAUGCUGCAGCGCCUGCCCGCCAUGCACCACCCGCCGCUCUUCAUCCUUGUUGAAAACGUCGUUGGCUUCGAGUCAUCGCGCACGCGGCAUGAGCUGGUGCGCGUGCUAGCGGGCACGGGCUUCACGUCGCUGCACGAGUUCCUUCUCACGCCCACCGACCUCGCUCUGCCCUACUCGCGACCACGAUACUUCUGCCUUGCCAAGCGCACCACCCCUUUGGCGGCCGCCCUCUGCCACUCGCUGCCCGGCCGCCCCUCCUCCCCGUGCACUGCUGCACCUGUGCCCGAUGCAGGCACCAGUCGGUCCGAGGAGAUCCCAGGUGGAGGUGCGAGCGGUGCAGUGGGGCAGGAGGCAGGGGGGGAGACGGGGGGAGUGGCAGAAGAGGAGGAGGCAGGGGGAGAGGAGGUGAGGAGCGAUGGUGUGGGACCAGCGAGAGUGCUGGGAUGGCGUGACCUGCUCUGGCUGUGCCAGGACGUUGCGCGAGGGGAAUGGAGAGAGCAGCGGGCAGCAGUGCAGGCUGGUUGCAGUGACGACAGUGGCAGCAGCAGUGGGGAUGGUGCGGGGCGCGCCUCUGAGAGUGGUCUGAAGCCGCGGUGCAUUGGUGAUUUCCUUGACACGCACCCUGACGCUGCUGCUGGCAGUGAUGCUGACGCCACUGAAUCUGAUGACAGCAGUGCUUCUGAUGGCGAUGGUGCGGGCAUGGCGAGUGCGUGCGAGGCAGAGGUGCCAUCAGCGCAGCCCAGUGCGUCUCCAUGGGCGCCCUACUGUGUGCCGCAUGAUGUGCGCCAGCGAUGGGGGGAGUGCUUUGACAUAGUGACAGCAGCGGCGGUGCGGUGCAACUGUUUCACCAAGAGCUACACCAAGUACGCCAAGGGCACUGGCUCCGUGCUGCUCACUCAGGGAGCGGAGCUGGCAACGCGGGUGCCAGCAGCAGCAGCAGCGGCAUCAGAGGGCGCAUGUGAAGGUGGCAAUGAUCCCACCUGCCAGGCCCUGAGAGAGCACCCGUGCACGGCAGAGGAGCAGCCGUGUGUGCGCUUCAAUGGCAUCCCCCUCACGCACCUCCCCCUGCGCUACUUCACACCAAGAGAGGUGGCCAACCUCCACAGUUUCCCACGCACCUUCACCUUCCCGCCCCACGUCACCAUGAAGCAAAGGUAUGCACUUCUGGGCAACAGUGUGAGCGUUGCUGUUGUUGCGCAUCUGCUGCGGCAUCUCUUCACCAUGCGCCCGCAGCUUUAG